AUGCCAGUCGAAUGCUCUCCAACACGAGGCUGCUCACCUGUGAUCCAGACUCAUAGUCAGGGUCCUGUGGAGGACAUCGAAGUCCCUCCCGCAACAUGCCCGAGGCAUUCGGGGACCACUUCCAUCGAACUGGAAGCCCCUAACUUGGCCAUGAUGGCCUCUGAAGUGGCAGCGUUGAAAGAAGACAUUGCCCGCUCGACUGCUGCAAUGCAGUUGGCAACUCAAAAUCUUAUGGAACAGCUUCAUAGGCUUUCUGAACGUCAGACAGUGGCGGAUGAGUGCCUUGCAUGA